GGGAGGUUCCUAAAAGUGCACGCAACAUCUGAGGAUCUCUGGCAGAGCUGUGUAGUACUGUGAAAAAAGGAACAGUCACAUCCCAGGAUCCAAUGAUAGCUGGACAAGUCAGUAAGCCCUUGCUGUCACUGCGGAGUGAAAUGAAUGCAGAGUUGAGAGGUGAGGACAAGGCAGCUACUUCAGACAACGAGCUGAAUGAGCCCUUGCUUGUGCCUGUGGAAUCAAAUGACAGUGAGGACACUCCCAGCAAGCUCUUCGGGGCCAGAGGAAACCCAGUGCUGUCUGAUACAAGCACAGCUGAUCAGCAUCAGCUCAGUCAGUCCCACCCAGCAUUCCCGGUUGGGCCCCAGCCAUUACUGACAGCUCAACAGUUAGCCUCAGCGGUAGCGGGGGUGAUGCCAGGAGGCACUCCAGCCCUAAAUCAACCUAUCCUUAUUCCCUUCAACAUGGCUGGACAACUGGGUGGUCAACAAGGACUGGUCCUAACUCUGCCUACAGCUAAUCUCACCAACAUCCAAGGGCUGGUAGCAGCAGCUGCAGCAGGAGGCAUUAUGACUUUGCCAUUGCAAAAUCUACAAGCUACCUCAUCCCUGAAUUCCCAGCUUCAGCAACUUCAGCAUCUUCAACAGCUCCAGCAUCAUCAACAACAGCAGCAGCAACAAGGGCAACAGCAGCAGCAGCAAACGAGCCAGCAGCAGCCACAAGCUCAGCAGACGCAACAAGCCCAACAACCGCAGCCGCCACAGCAGCAGCCGCCGCCGCCGCCGCCACAACAGCAGAACCAAACGCAGCCCCAGAGCCAGACCCAACAACCGCCAGCCCAGCAGUCCUCAAACUCCCCUCAGAAACCCAACCAGUCACCAGGACAUGGCCUUUCAUCUCCACUCACUCCUCCAAAUCCACUGCAGCUGGUUAAUAAUCCACUGGCAAGUCAAGCAGCAGCGGCUGCAGCAGCAGCAGCCAUGGGCUCAAUAGCAAGCUCACAGGCCUUUGGCAAUGCACUCUCCAGUCUUCAGGGGGUCACAGGUCAGCUAGUCACUAAUGCACAAGGACAGAUUAUUGGAACAAUUCCACUGAUGCCUAAUCCAGUCCCAUCCAAUCAGGCAGCAGGAGGAGCUCAGGGCCUUCAAGUGCAGCCAAUUACCCCACAGUUAUUGACUAAUGCCCAGGGUCAGAUCAUUGCUACAGUCAUUGGAAACCAGAUACUACCAGUGAUCAACACCCAAGGAAUAACACUAUCACCACUCAAACCAGGCCAACAGCUCCAUCAGCCCUCCCAGACGCAAGUGGGACAAGCAGCCUCACAGUCCAACCUUCUGCAUUUGGCUCACAGUCAAGCAUCUAUGUCUCAAAGCCCAGUGCGUCAGGCUUCCUCUUCUUCCUCCUCAUCCUCCUCCUCUUCAGCUUUGAGUGUUGGCCAGUUAGUCAGCAAUCCUCAAACAGCCACUGGCGAGGUGGAUGGGGUGAAUUUGGAGGAAAUCCGAGAAUUUGCCAAAGCUUUUAAAAUCCGGCGCCUGUCUCUUGGUCUGACCCAGACUCAAGUUGGCCAAGCUCUAAGUGCCACAGAAGGCCCAGCCUAUAGCCAGUCUGCCAUCUGCAGACACACCAUCCUGAGAAGCCACUUUUUCCUACCACAGGAAGCCCAAGAGAACACUAUAGCUAGCAGUCUGACAGCCAAACUGAACCCUGGCCUUUUGUAUCCUGCCAGGUUUGAAAAGCUGGACAUCACCCCUAAAAGUGCCCAGAAGAUAAAGCCGGUGCUUGAGCGGUGGAUGGCUGAGGCUGAGGCCCGCCAUCGAGCAGGUAUGCAGAACCUGACUGAGUUUAUCGGAAGCGAACCAUCCAAAAAGCGCAAGAGGCGUACCUCAUUCACGCCACAAGCUCUUGAGAUCUUGAAUGCCCACUUUGAGAAGAACACUCAUCCCUCUGGGCAGGAAAUGACAGAGAUUGCAGAGAAACUGAACUAUGACCGGGAAGUAGUUAGAGUUUGGUUCUGCAAUAAGAGGCAAGCACUGAAGAACACAAUUAAACGUUUAAAACAGCAUGAGCCUGCGACAGCAGUCCCUAUGGAGCCCUUAACAGACUCUCUCGAAGAAAACUCCUAAAAAGAAAAAAAGAAAAAAAAAGGAAACACACAAACAAAAAAUUAACCAUUUGGACUCUGAAAAUGCCCAUUCAUCACCCUUGUAAGUAAAAGACUGAGAAAACUACAAGAUGGACAGAAUAGUUUAUAAAUGUCCGUGGGUUUUCCUAUAUAAAAACAAAAAACAAAACAAAAAAACCACCAAACAAAAACAAACAAAAUACACAGCACUUAGUCUGUGUGUGUGUUGUAGAAUUAGCUCCCCCCACCUACCCAAAAAAGCCAGUUUUUUAAAUGGACUUAAAGCAAACCAAAUAACUGCUUACUUUUUUUCUGUGAAUUAUGAAAAUGUGAAUAUGUUUUAAGGAAAAGAAAAAAAAAAAAAAAAAACCUUUUAUCUGUUUAAAAGAGAAUACAAGCCUGCCACCUGGAGGAGUGAUUGUAGCCUUUCAGGUAUCAAGUGCUGAUUCACUAUGAAAACUAUUAACCAAAGUCAGAAACAUGGCAUUGCAAACUAGAUUGUUAGUCUACUCUUUUACAAGCUUAAAAUUGUGUUAUGAGUUUUUACAUUUGUACUUUACAAAGAGGAAAAAAAAUAGUACGAUUAAUUUCUCCCACCCUUGUCACACCCCCUACAGGUGGAUAUAACAGAUGUUAAAGCCAUUCCAUAGUGCUCACAAACACACAUACACACACACACACCUUUUUUUUAUCUGCACAGUUUUGCAAUCUCCAAGUGUUUGUGUGCCAAAAUGACUUUCUUUUUAUUGUGAAUUGUGGAGUUCAGUAUUUUUCCCCUGAAAGUGUAAAGUAUUGGUUUCUAUUUUGAUUUGUCUAACACAUUUCCUGCCCCCUCCCUCUUUUCCCAAUACUGUUUAAAGAUUUUUAAAAGAAAAGUGAAACCUAAACACUUUUAUAUAGAUUAUGUUGAAAUGCAAUAGAGGACAAAGAAGGAUUAGAAUUAUGUCUGAGGAACUAUCAGUGUAGCACACACGCUCAACGUUGUGCUCAUUGUCAACAGCAUGGCUCCUGAUUUCUCUGUCCUUUGGCCAUGAACCUGGAGAGGUUACCAAAACUAAUUUUGUAAUAUAAACUGCACACUUGGUUUGAUACUGCAUCUAUGUUACGGUUCUGUGUGAAGCAAUUUCUCUCCAAAGUCUGCUAGCCAAAGAAGUUUCGUGAGAGUCCGAUGAAAACAAACAAAAGGACAGGUCAAGAAGUAAUGAGGACAUUUUGAUCAUUACACCCUUAUGGACUGUUUUACUACUUUUAUCUUUUCUGCCGUUCUUUUUUUUUUUCUCUCCUUUUUCCUCCUGGCACCGACGUUUUCCCUAUCAACUGCUACUCUUGGAAUGUGUGUGGGUUUGUGUGGGUGCAUACUGCCAUGGCAGGCUAAAAAACCUAAACAAUCAGGAUUUGGGAACAAUGCAUUAAAUAUCCUUUGGGAAUGGGGGAGGGGGGUCACUUGUCACAUUUUUCAUCUGAAAAAAAAAUUUUUUGAAAGGCAACUUAUCUCACUCUGUGGCUUCAUUUCCUGAUGGACUUGGCAUCUUCUAAAACUCUGUGGUCAUUGGAUCAAAAAAUAUAUCAAGGCUCAGAGAAGGAAAAGGGUGUGGUGUGAACCUCACCUGAAAAACUCAUAUAUAGAUCCAAACUUCCUUGAAAUUCUGAU